AUGGCGUCACCCGCCGACGAAUCUCCGACCACAGACGCGGCUCCGGCCCCGGCCCCGAUCAUGUUCCGCGCAAACAAGAAGCGCAAAGCAGGCCUCCGCCAACGCGCCGCAUCGCCCACCGAAGACAACGACAACAACACCGUCUCGAAACCGAACUCGAUAGCAGAAAACGCUACGACACCGGCAUCAAUCACCGAGACCACCUCCACCGGCGACGAUGGCCCCGAAUCACACAUCCCCUCCGCCCUCCGCCACCGCGCCCGCAAGCGCCUCAACGGCGUAGGCUUCUCCGCCCGAGGGUCGUUCUCGGCCACCAUCACCACCAACACCGCGGCUGGAGACGAUACAGAUCCCAUGAGCCUAUCAUCAUCGCGCGCCCUAGUUCCCGCCCCAGCACAAACCCCAGACGACGACCCCCUCAUCGCAAAGCGUUUCGCGCCGCAAACCGGCGCGGCAGCCACAACAAUUGUCAAUAAACACAUGAUGGAAUACAUAGAAUCGCACCUCUCUAACCGCAACCCCCCACCACCACCAUCAUCCGAACAAUCAACCUCCCAAUACCAAGCCGCCGCAACGAAUCCGUCAACAACAACAGCAAGCGCCUCCACCGAGACCCCAGACCCCAAAAACCACCCCAUCAUGCAAGGGAAACUCAUGGAAGUCGAUCUCGGCGACGAAGUCCGCGCCCGGAACCAAGCCAUGACGGAAAAAGCAGCCCGCCGCCUCCUCGGCGAAGCCGUUGACGACGACGGCAGCGGUAACGGCGGCCGACGAGCCAAGAAGCCCCGCCUCGGCAGGGACGGCAAACCCUGGCGGCCCAGGAACAGGCGCAACAGCGACGACGUCAAGCGCGACCAGCUCGUCGAGGAGAUAUUACGCGAGAAUAGACUUGACGUCUACGACGUGCCAAAACCCCAAGAACCUCAAAACGACGGCGACGGCGACGCAGACGACCGCAUCGCCGAGGAGUUCCGGCGCGAGUUCAUGGACGCCAUGGUCCAGCGCCAACAAAAGAAGAAGACGGCAGCGCCAGCGGCCCGCGCCGGGGCUCGCAAGGCCGACGAAGAGGUUCUCAAGGGUCCGAAGCUGGGCGGUAGUCGCAACGCUAGAGCCGCCAUGCGCGAUUUGCUCUUGAAGAAGGAGAAGGAGAAGGACUCGAGGAGAUGA